CAGUCGCUCACCGGCCGUCGUUCGGCGUCAACCGUUUUCCCCCCUCCACUCUGACGGACGAACUUUUCGUCUCGUGUGUUUUCGUGUGCGUCUUGAAUUUAAAAAGAAAAAGUUGAACCGUUUGCCCAAUUAUUUUGGGGAGUUUUCCAAUCGUUAAUCGCUAAUCAAUGUGAAGUGGUGCGGACUGGACGAAACUUUUUUUAUCAAAAAAUAUUUGUGAAAAGAAAAAAAAAGUUGUGAAAAUUUCCGUUCGAUUGACUUUUGGAACAAUUCAAUUUUUUGGGGGACCAACCCAAAUGACGACGUCCCGUGAUCCAUCGGCUCUGUUCGGGGCGAGAAAAGCUCAGCCAAACUCCGUUGGUGGUCGUUGUGGUGGUACUAGUGCCGGCCCAUUGGAUCUAAUUCAUAAUCAUUAUUAGUUCUCUCUGACUUCUGUGGGGGCUGUUGGAAUUGAAAUUCAAAAAAAGAAAAAAAAAGAAAGAAAAAUCUUUUCUUUUUUGAUUCCUCGCGUCUCAUUAUUGUUAUUGGUUUUGACGGGAGUGCCGAUUGUUGUUUUGUGCUCGUGUUGCGAUCGUCACCGCGGGGCAUCUCUCCCAACAUUAUUAUUUGAUUUUUUUUUCCUUUGCGCCGAUUUCUCACGCGUGAGUGAACAUUUCAAAAGCCAAUCGAAGGGCGGAAAAAAGAGAGAAAAACGGAACAAAACGGAACUGCUGGCAGAAAAGCCAAUCGACAGGAAGUCAUUGGUCGAUGCCAACAACAACAACCCACAACAUUUGUGGAAAAAAUCAGAGGCGCCUCAUUAAAAAUAAUCGAAAAGAAGAACUUUUGUGAGCGCGUUGGAAAUCGGUUGGAAUCGUGCCGGUUUUUUUUUUCUUUCUUAUUUUUCAUUUCGUCCGUCCCCGAGUUCGCCCCGAUUUUUCGAUAAUGAAGAACCACAGCGGCGGCCUGCUGGGCGAGAAAUUGCCCUUCUACCAAAAAGUGCUCAACAUGACGCUGGGCAUCAGCCAGAGCUCGGCGUCGACCCGCAAGGCCGAGGAGCCGCUGGCUCCUUCGCCGUUCAGACGCGGGUACACGCGAGCGGCGGCGGCGGCCUCGGCGGUCGGCCGUCCGGGCAUUCCGGUCACGCCGAUUCACGUCGUGACGACAACGCCCGGUCACCCGGCUCACAUGGGAACGGGAGGUGGAACGACGACGACGCCCGUCACUCCCAGCACGCCGACCAAACACGGGUCGACGUCGACGGCGGCCAGCAUUUUCCGAUCCUUCCGCCGGCGAUCCCUGCGCCGAUCCUUUCGGCGAACCAAGUCAUUUCUGGUCAAAACUCCUACGCCCGCCACCCCUACACCCACUCCGACCAUCACCAGUAUCGCCACAGAUUCGUUCGUGAAUAGUCAAGAAUGGACGCUGUCCAGAGCGGUGCCCGAUUUGCGUUUGGGCAUCGUCGGGUCUUUGGCGUCCGGCAAAUCGGCCCUGGUCCAUCGCUACCUCACCGGCUCCUACAUGCAGGAGGAAUCGCCCGAAGGCGGCCGAUUCAAAAAAGAGAUUUCCAUCGACGGACAGUCUUACCUUCUCCUCAUCCGCGAUGAAGGCGGAUCGCCCGAACUUCAAUUCACCGCCUGGGUGGAUGCGGUCAUCUUCGUCUUCAGCCUGGAGAGCGAAGCCAGUUUCAACGCCAUCUACAGCUACCACGCCAAAAUGGCCCAAUUCCGCAACGCCUCGGAGAUCCCGUUCAUCCUGGUCGGCACUCAAGAUGGAAUUAACGAGACGAAUCCACGGGUGGUGGAUGAAGCCAGAGCCCGCAAGCUGGCUUCCGACCUCAGACGCUGUUCCUACUACGAAACCUGCGCCACCUACGGGCUCAACAUCGAGCGGGUCUUUCAAGAUGCUUGCCAGAAAAUUGUCCAGCAGAGGCUGACUCCACUAGCGCCGCCAUCUGCCGGCGUCGUGAGCGGAGCGGCGGCUCAGCGCCCGACGACGCCCAAUCACUACUCGCUGGGCCGGCACUACGGUCAGCAGCAGCAGCAGCAGCAGCAACAGCUGCAGCAGCACUUGACGGGCAGUACGACGUCCAUCACGACCGGUGGCGGAUCGUCGGGUCCUGCUGCAUCGCACGGCGGUUACCCGGGCGCCGUCAGCGGGUUCAGCUCGUCUUCGUUGGGUUCCGUCGUGGCCGGAUCGACGCUCGGACCCGCCGGAGCGGGUUCCAUCGGCACGGGUCACAGCAGCCUGGCCGGCUACAGCAGCAACAACGUCGGCGGAUCGGCACUCAGCGGCAGCGCCCUCAAUCUCCAUUCGUCGGCGUCCACCGCCGCCAGUCUCAGUACAAACGGCGCCCUAGCCGCUCGAGCUGCGAUGCCUCCGCCUCCUCCGCACGGCACCUACGUCAAUCACUACGCCAACCCCAAGACUGGAGCGGCCGCCGCCGUCGCCGCCGGCAGCAGCGCCACUCCGCGGCGGACCAACAGCAAUCACAACGUGACGGGCAACAACAGCAGUACAACCAGCAGCGGCAACAGUAGCACCAGCAACAACAGCAACAACGCUGCCGUUGCCGCCGUCACGGCCAAUAACACGGUCGUUUCCACCGGUUCGACCUCCUCCUCUUCUGUCGCACCUCCCGCAGAGAAGCAUCUCAACGCCAUGGGUCCGACGUCGCAGAGUUCACAGUCCGGCAACGCCCUGGGAUCGGCCGAGAGUUUGGCGCUGCUGCGCAGCACGCCGCCCUCCACGAUCGACACGCUCUCCGUUCCGGGCAAGGAUAAGGACGGCAAGGAUUUGCCAACGCCCAGCUCGACGCCGACAACGUCGAGAAAGUCGCGCCGGAGGUCCAACUUGUUCACUCCGUCGUCGUCCAAGAAGGAGGACAAGGAGAAGAGCGACAAGGACAAAGCCAAGAACAGCAACGGCGGAGGCGAGCUGGGCAGCGGGCGGGCCAUACCCAUCAAGCAGGGCUACCUGUACAAGCGGUCGCACAACGCCCUCAACAAGGACUGGAAGAAGAAGUACGUCACCCUGGGCGACGACGGCAAGCUCACCUAUCACUCGAGUUUACACGAUUACAUGGACGACUCGCAUGGCAAGGAGAUCUCGUUGCAGUACGUGACUGUCAAAGUGCCCGGCCAGAAACCGCGCGGAUCGCGUGGCACUCAACUGCAACAGCAGCAACCCAUGGCCGCUGUGACAUCGACACCUGGCGUCGUGCCGGGCGCCAACGGAGUUAUGAAUGAGCCCAUUACCGGAUUUCCUGGAGGCAAGGACAAGCGGACGGAAAAGACGACGGUGAUGCUGACGGCCUACGAAGUGCUCAAAGAGCCGGUGACUCGCAUCUUGAUGGGCGGCGGAAAUGGCGGCGGUGGUGGUGGUGACGAUCCUUCGUCACAGAACGCCAUCAACGGCGGCAUCGCCGACAACAGUGCAAAAACGGAAACGCCCAGCGUCAAGAAGCGGCACAGGCGGAUGAAGAGUUCCAGCAACAAAGCCAACGAUCUCGAUGAUUGCGACGGCUACGAAUUCCAAAUCGUUUCUUUGGACAAUAAAAUCUGGCACUUUGAGGCGGCCAGCGUCGAAGAGCGCGAAGAGUGGGUGACGUCCAUCGAGCACCAAAUUCUCAGCUCGCUGCAGGGCAACGAGAGCAGCAAGUCGAAAUCGCGGAUGAACAGUCUGGUGGACGCCGCAUCCAUCCAGUCGCUCAGGUCGACCGUCAUCGGCAACGCCAACUGCGCCGAUUGCGACGCUCCCAAUCCGGACUGGGCCAGUUUGAAUCUUGGAGUUUUGGUGUGUAUCGAAUGCUCAGGCAUCCACCGCAACUUGGGAUCGCACAUUUCCCGAGUUCGAUCCUUGGACCUUGACGAAUGGCCACCUGGACAUAUCGCCGUCAUGCUCGGUUUGGGCAACACGCUGAGCAACAGCAUCUGGGAGGCCAGGAUGAGGGGCGUGAAACCGGGUCCGCAAUCGAGCCGGGACGACAAGGAGCGCUGGAUCCGUGCAAAGUACGAGCACAAAGAAUUCCUGGCCUUGCCGUCGUCUUCGGGCUCGCUCGGCCAGCAGCUGAUUGAUGCCGUCUGCCGCUCCGAUCUGAAAACCGUGGCCUUGCUGUUGGGCCGAGCCGGACCAGAGGACGUGAACUGCAGCGUGGCCGUCCGCGAUCUGCGAACGCCACUCCACUUGGCGGCCACUUUGGGCAAUUUGGCUCUAGUCCAGCUCUUACUCUGGCAUAACGCCAACGUCAAAGCCCUGGACCAGGAAGGACGGACGUGUCUAACCUUUGCACGAGUCAGUAAUUCGCCCGAAGUGAUUGAGCUGCUCAUUGCCAAUGGAUGCCCGGAAGGACCGUCUUCAAUUUCCAGUUUCAGCACUCUCAACCGUCGCAAGACCAUCAACCUCACCAGCACCACUAAUUUGAUGGGCAAAGCCGAGCAAGGCCUUUAAAUUUAACCGGAUGACAUUUGAAAAGACUAAGAAAAAGAAGAAAAAAGGCCCGUUCAAAAACCAAUUGCCAGUCACAGCACGUUGUUCAAUUUCGUCAACACUCACACAGACACUACUACUAAACUGCAUUUGUUUCUAUACAUAUAUAUAGAGCAACAAUCACACUUGUUUCCCCUUAGAAAAUUAAAGAAAACGGAAAAUAUCCACUUUGCAAAACAAUUGUACCAGUUGAAUCUUUACGUUCUAGGAAAGAUAACUCCCUUCCGUCAGGCGGUAAUACGCCCGGAUUUGUCUUUUUCUGCGAACAGUUUUUCUUUUUCCUUUUCUUAUUCUUGAUUUUUACAGUGCUCUCUAUUUCCCCCUUGAUUCACGUCGAAACCUUUUCAAAUCACCAGCUCGUCCAUUUUUAGCCACCACUCACUUAUCCUAUCCUACCCCGCUCUCCGUCUCAGACGUGUUAUUUCAAAUUGAGGAAGAGAAAAGAAAUUGACAAAAUUUUUAUGACAUUCCGUCUCUUAUCGGGUUUUAUUCACGUUAAAUUAUAUGCCCCAUAGGAUGAAAGUGAAACCUCCUUGCCUCGCUAUCCUUUCUGUGACCGUGUUUUUCUCUUUCCUUUUCCGUUUACGAACAACCGAAAUUGUUUGUUUGUUUCUAAUUCUUUUCUUUUUUUUAGUUUUGGCAUCGACUAAGUGUCUAGCGAGACCUUUUUCCGAUAACGUCUGAGUUGUGUGUCUACAACUCGACAUUGAAAAAUAAAAAAAUAAAAAACGAAUGGCACAAAAUUCGGUGAAAUCGCAAUCUAUUUAUCUGAUGAUUGGCUUGGUGCGCCCAAGAUAGAAAAGAUUACAAAAAUGUUUUGAUGUUUAAUUAUGUCUGUAAUUUUCUGUGUGCGUAUGUUUGUGAGUCUGGCCCUGUGUGCAUUUGAAAAAAGAAACUGAAGAGUUUGAAAUUCAAUAAAUAUGUCCCGUCAUUGUUACUUCAUGA